UCCGUUGACUGAAGUGUGUGGAGACUUUUUGCGCGGUUUAUACGUUCAUCUGUUUGAACAACAUGGACUUUUAUGAUCACAUCAUUUUAGACAACAGCUCAGACUCCGGAUCUGGAGACUUUGACUUUGACGAACUCUGUGACCUAACAGUCGGCAAUGACUUCCAGAAGAUCUUUCUUCCUAUUGUAUAUGGGAUUAUAUUUGUCCUGGGAAUCAUUGGCAAUGGACUUGUUGUGCUUGUGAUGGGCUUCCAAAAGAAGUCAAAGAACAUGACCGACAAAUACAGGUUGCAUCUCUCCAUCGCUGACCUCCUGUUUGUCCUCACGUUACCCUUUUGGGCUGUGGAUGCGGCUAGCGGAUGGCUUUUUGGGGGAUUUCUGUGCGUCACUGUCAAUAUGAUCUACACUCUGAAUCUGUACAGCAGCGUGCUGAUUCUGGCCUUCAUCAGCCUGGAUAGGUACCUGGCGGUCGUCCGUGCCACAAACAGCCAGAACUUUAGGAGGUUGCUCGCAGAGAGGGUGAUCUACCUUGGAGUUUGGCUUCCAGCGACCCUGCUCACCGUGCCUGAUCUGGUGUUUGCCAAAGUCCACAAUGCGGGCAUGAAUACGAUCUGCGAGCUCACCUACCCACAGCAAGCGAACAUAGUGUGGAAGGCCGUUUUCCGUUUCCAGCACAUCAUCGUUGGCUUUUUGCUGCCUGGUCUGAUCAUUCUGACCUGUUACUGUAUCAUCAUCUCAAAACUGUCCAAGAGCUCCAAAGGUCAGGCCCUGAAGAGGAAGGCGCUGAAGACAACUGUCAUCCUCAUCCUCUGCUUCUUCAUCUGCUGGUUGCCUUACUGUGCCGGCAUCCUGGUGGACGCUCUGGUGAUGUUGAAUGUAAUAUCUCACAGCUGUUUCCUGGAGCAGGGUCUGGAGAAAUGGAUCUUCUUUACUGAGGCGCUUGCGUAUUUCCACUGCUGUCUCAACCCCAUCCUUUAUGCUUUCCUGGGAGUCAAGUUCAGUAAAUCUGCCCGUAACGCUCUGAGCAUCAGCAGUAGAUCAAGUCACAAGAUGCUGACCAAGAAAAGAGGUCCUAUAUCAUCGGUAUCUACCGAGUCAGAGUCAUCUAGUGUCCUGUCCAGUUAACGGGCACUUUGUACAUAAAACUUUCCUACAUGGAUGACUAAGCUUUCAUUUAUUUUAUUUUAUUUUUAAAGGACUUUACAACACUUUUUGUAUAUUGUAAACUUGUUGUGUUGAUAAUUUUGUAACACUUUUUAUUCAACUACUUAAAUUAAUCUUUUUUUUAUGUUAGUACUUUUUUUCUUAGUAUUUUUAUUGCAGGACCUAAAGGCAGAGCCUUGACAAAGUCUGUAUACUUGCAGAAGUUCUUAUCAGGAAAUGUUAGCAAACUGUUGCAUAGUCUUUUGUCUGAUUCCGAACGUGUAGUGUAAAUUAUUUGUACAUAGUUCAUUGUUUGCCAUUGUGUGUGUGUGCACUUAGCUUUUCCAAUUUCCACAUAAGCUUUUUGAUAUUUAUUGAAAUGGUAGCUCACACUGUAAAAAAAAUAAUUAAAAAGGGGUUGUAAUUUAAUCAUGUCACAAUUGUUGCAUUUUUACUUCUAUUUCAUAAUAAAACCUUAAAAUCACCUAUUUUAA